AACAGCGUAAGGUGUUGACAGGGCGAAGCGGAAGUCGAGCAAGGCGCGAGUGAGUUCUAGAGUAGCUAGCAAGCACACGCUAGCUUGCGCGCACCGAGGAUCAGGAUGUCGGGAGCGCAGGGCGCGCACCCGGUCGGCCGGACGACGCCGACGACGUACGAGUCGGUGGGCGGCGGGGAGAACCGCACGCGCACGGACCUGCGGUCGCGGGAGGACCAGGGCGCCAUCCAGAUCGAGAAGGUGCAGGACAAGGUCGACGACGCCGCGGGGCGUGGAGUGGAUCAAGGGACCUUCGGCGCCAAGAAGGAGGGCCGCAACGCCGACGCCGACGCCGGGGCCACGGGCACCGGCACCGGCGCGUGACCGGGGUGCCAUGGAUCGUGCACUUUGCUGUACAACGGUGUGUGCGCGCGCGCACGCGCGCGAUAGCUGUACGCUUGCUCUGUUUACGAGGGUGUGAGGCCUUUCUGUGUAAUAUGCAACCAGUGCUUGUGCAAGAUGGCAAUAACUGAUAUAACAUGUUAGUGGACCGUCUGGUUUGAGCUCUA